AUAAAUAAUAUAUUUAGCAGUAAUUGUUGCAAUUGGAGGCAAAUUAAAUAAAUCAAAAGCCGCAACGGCUUAAGCGAGGCGCAGGCGCCGCCUUUCACUCGAGUUGGCAGCACUGCACGCCAGCCUCUGCGCUACAUUGGCAGCACUGUUCACUGGCUGAGCUAACCUAAAGCGCUGCAGCUUCUUCUUCCCACACUCAAGCCAAAGAACAGCCUUCAAAGUGGAUUUAACCAACUACAACAAAAUGCUGCAGUCCAGCAAUCAUCACUAUCUACGGCCGGAUUAUAUGGCAGCGACGGCAGCUCCAACAGCGCUGGACAACAAGAGCAGUCCGUUGGCGCUAUUGGCACAAACAUGCAGCGCCAUCGGAGCGGAUACCACAAAUCCCAAGCUGCUGGCGGCCAAUAUUGAAAAGUCCACAAAGCAGCAGCCGAAGGCCAACGGCAACGGGCUGGAUAAUGCACGCGAUAAAUCCUCGCCGGUUAGCAGUCAUUCAUCCAGCGUUAGCACCGGCUCCGUGGAGCAGCAGCAGCUGCCGCCGGCUCACAGUAAAACCCUCAGCACCUUUAAGCCCUACGAGACCAACAACAACAACAACAACAACAGCAACCACAAUAAUAACAACAACAACAACAAUAGCGAUUGCGGCGCCACAAAUCUCACUAGCAGCAACAACAGCAACAACAACAACAACCAACGCGUAAAGACACCCAAGGCAAUGGCCAUGGCCAUGGGCAGUGGAGCCUCGGCCAACGGACAGCCGCGCUGCGACUCGAAUCAGAGUGCCAGCAGCAGUUCGCAUCGGGAAUCGCCCAACGCCAGCGUCUCGAACCAGCUGCGACGCACGCCCAGCGCCAGCGGCCCCCAGCUGAACGGCAGCAGUCCGGUGCACUCUACCGCACCGGCACGCAGCAGCUCCAAAGAGUCGGCGUCGAUGCAUAGCCCCAACACAGCCGCACAGAAUCCCAGCUCCAGUCGACUGCAAGAGGCCGCCUAUGCGGCGGCCAAGGAGGCCAGCUAUGUGAAGGCUCUGCAUGCGGCCAGCCAGCAGGCCAGUCCCUCGGCUGGCUCCUACUAUCCGCCAGGCUACGGCUCGCCUUAUCCCAUGGACUUGAUGGCAGCGAGCUCGCUGAUGUCGCCGCAUCCUGCGAUGUUCAAGGCCUCGGCCAUGAAUCCCUAUUUGAACUAUGCGCGUCUCAAGGGACUGACGGAUCCGGCGGCCAUGAUGGCGGGCGCACCCAACAUAUGCCGCGACCCCUACUGCACGGGCUGCCCGGCCAGUCCGCACUACAUCAACAAGGCCGCUGGGCAGCCCUGUCCGGCGGGCUGUCCGCAGUGCGAGAUGGGCGGCGCGGGCAAGUCGGGCGGCAGCUCUACGGGCGCCGGCGGAUCUAAUGCAGCAGCAGCGGCGGCAGCAGCGGCUGCCUCCUCCUAUCACGCCCAGCUGGCGGCACUGGCGGCCGCCUCGCAGCUGCCGUAUGUCUGCUCCUGGAUUGGCAGCGAUGCGGCGUAUUGUGGCAAGCGGUUCGGCACCUCCGACGAUCUGUUCCAGCAUCUGCGCACGCACACAGCCUCCGUGCCGGAUGCCGUGCUCAGUGCAGCAGCCGCGGGCGGCAUACCACCGAAUCAUCCGCUCUUUCAGCGCACCUACCCCACCCCGCCGCUCAGCCCGCUGUCGGCGGCGGCGCGCUACCAUCCGUAUGGCAAGCCGUCGAUGCUGCCGCCGUCGCUGGCGCCGCCGGGAGUGCUGCCCGGUCUGCCGCCUCAUGCCGCGCUGGCCCAGUACUUUGCGCCCUACUCGUUAUAUGGACCGCGCAUGGGCUCCUCGCAUCCGUAGUAGGAGCCCCAUCCGUAGAUGGAGAUGGAGCCAGCCGUUGGUCCUAACAUUCAGUCAAAUCAUUUUGCUUGAGUUGCCCCCUCCCCCUCGGCCUCGACAAACUGUAAUUGUGGGGCAGCGGGGCAGGGACUGGGACGGGGACGCGGGGUCAGGGGUCAACUCAUUCGUGAAACGAAAAGCUAGUGAUCUAAUGUACUAUAGCUACAUACAAAUGUUUAAAUUUAGCUUUAGGCGAAAAGUUCUAUUCAAGGAUAUGCCGCACAUCCACUCGUUCGUCAGUGUGUCUCUCCGUAUGUCCCAUUUAAAGCUUAUGGUAAUUGUAACAUUAUUUAUUAAU